CCGGCUGGCCGGGGGCUGCGAGGUCUCCGGAAUGGUUUGUUUGUAAAACUUCCCCUUUCCACCGCCUGUGUACCUGGGCUGUAGAUUUAAAGCGAGCUCCGGUUUGACCAGGGCAGCUACCUUGCCUUGCUGGACACGGCAUCUUUGUCGCUGUGGGAAUAGCAUUUUAUCUUCGUACGUGUAUAUUUUAAUCUUUUGCAUGCAUAAGUUUUAAAGGACAUUCCUUUCUGCCUUGAAGUACUUCAGCUCUACAUCUUGUGUGAGCAACUCUCUGAGAGCCUUCCAGAAAAAACUGAUGAUAGGACGGGCUUUCUAUUGCUAUUUUAUUUUUGUAUUACUGUGUGUUUUAAUCAUAUCUCACUGCAACCAUGAGACUUUUUUCUGCGUACUGAUGGCCUCAUAAUAUUGUUCCAAACUAAAAUAAAAGAGCAAACCAAAUCUGUGCUGCGUGAAGAAAACUUUACUAAAACUAAAACCUAAGUGAAAUGUUCCUUUCUACCUUCCAUCUAUUCUAAAACAAAGUUGCAGACUUUUACCAGGAAACUUUUAUCUCAUUUGCAGUAUUUGAAUAUCACUACAGUUUAGAUGCAUGAAGCAAGUACAGCUGCACGUCUAAACUCUACUUUCAAACCCCUCUGCAAAGAGUGGCUUUGUAAAGUGUGGGGUGCAAGGGAAUAUUUUUUUCUUUUAAAAAACUGCUUCCUUCUUUUACCUGAUGUUACCUGAACAUUGGUUUUGUUUCUGGGAAGAUGGCAAGCCUAUGCUGCGCCAGGGGGACACGGGAGACUGGAUUGGCACGUUUCUGGGUCAUAAAGGUGCUGUUUGGGGUGCCACCCUGAACACAGAUGCCACUAAAGCAGCCACAGCAGCAGCAGAUUUCACAGCCAAAGUGUGGGAUGCUGUGUCAGGCGAUGAACUAAUCACACUGGCUCACAAACACAUUGUCAAAAGUGUGGAUUUUACACAGGAUAGCAAUUAUCUGUUAACAGGUGGACAAGAUAAGCUCUUGCGUAUCUAUGACUUGAGCAAGCCAGAAGCAGAACCGGAUGUUGUCAGUGGACAUACUUCUGGCAUUAAAAAAGCCUUAUGGAGCAGUGAUGACAAACAGAUUCUUUCAGCUGAUGAUAAAACUGUCCGCCUCUGGGACCGGAGUACCAUGACUGAGGUGAAGUCACUAAAUGUGGCAAUGUCAGUGAGCAGCAUGGAGUAUGUUCCAGAAGGACAGAUACUGGUGAUAACCUAUGGGAAGACUAUUGCUUUUCAUAGUGCAGAAACUCUAGAGCAGAUUAAAUCAUUUGAAGCACCUGCUACAAUCAAUUCUGCAUCACUUCACCCAGCGAAAGAAUGUUUGGUUGCAGGUGGUGAAGAUUUUAAACUCUAUAAAUAUGACUAUAAUACAGGAGAAGAAUUAGAAUCUUACAAAGGGCACUUUGGUCCCAUUCACUGCGUGAGAUUUAGCCCCGAUGGAGAGUUAUAUGCAAGUGGCUCUGAGGAUGGCACACUAAGGCUGUGGCAGACAACAGUAGGGAAAACCUAUGGCCUUUGGAAGUGUGUAGUUCCUGAAGAAGAGAAUGCAGAAGCAGCAAAAGCAAGGACUACCCUUCCAGGAACUGCAGAGGAGGAAAUAGUUGCAGAAGAGAUUGCCUCUGAAAACUCAGAUACAGUGUACAGCUCAACUCCUGAAGUGAAAGCCUGAUUACUGCAGCUGUUACGUGACACAUGGACAUGCGAGACUAAAUCAAGUGAGCAGUGACAGACAGCAGCCUUCCAGAGUGCGCUCCCUCCGUGGGGCAAAGAUGGGCAGUAAUUGAUGAGAAUGCGGUGGAACUGGCUAGGUGUUGUCUGUAAGAGAACUGAGCAUCCAAAUAAAAACCCAAAAGACAAGUAGCAGAGUUCUGCUGGCUUUUUGGCAUAACUGCCUACUGUCUUUUCAAAGAAGUGUGCAAGCCAAGAUCCAGUCUCUCCAAUCUCAAUUAGACUCAUUGUAGUGUGUUUUCAUUAUUACGAAGAAGAGAUACAAUGGCUUUUACCUUUUUUUUUUUUUCUCUUGAAAGUUGGAAAAAUUGGCUCUAGUUGAAAAGAGGGGAUUAUGUACUUAAAAGUAUUUGGUUCGGGUUUUGUUUCAUUGUAUGCUGCUUCUGAAUGUUUAACUGUUUUCAGUUGUCUAAAUAAAAUGCCUCUCCAAACUCGUACAUUA